CAUCACAGAUGCGGCCAUCUUCCUUCCACGCCUGCGCUGCUGCCUCCGUAACCUCAGCGUCUGGCAAAGCUGAGGGGUUUGGGCCCUUGUUGCCUACUCAGAGCAACUACAGAGCGUGCGCAGGACUCGCCGCGCAACCCUUUAGGUGCUAGAGGGUCGGUCCUGAAGCGGAAGUGCUUCUCGGGGACAGUUUUUGUACGCUGGCCUCUGCAGUGAGCCGAAAAUCUGUUGUUGAGAGUGAGGUUGAGGGGGCGAGUACUAGGGGGUGUGGGCUGAGUGAUGGGAGAGUUCUGGGUAAUGAGCGAAGGGAGGUCUGUGUGGAUCAUUGAUGUGGAGGUUUGUUGGCUCAACCUUCACACAUCUCUGCCCUUUCCCAACAAGAGCAAGAGAUGGCCAAAUCCCAGAAUGUGCAAUUACAGGGACAAGUGACAUUUGAAGAUGUGGCUGUGGAUUUCACCCAGGAGGAAUGGCAGUACCUGAACCCUCCACAGAAGACUCUGUACAGAGAUGUGAUGCUGGAGACCUACAGCAACCUGGUCUCUGUGGAGCAUCAGAUUACCAAACCAGACCUCAUUCUCAAAUUAGAGUUAGAAGAGCAAGCCGCAGCAGAAGGAAAAAUCCCAAUUUGGAGUUUUCUAGAAGAAGACUGCCAAGUUGAUGAACAGAUUGAGAGGCAGCACCAGGAUAACCAAGAUAAAUGUUUGUUGAUGCAAGAUGGAGUUCCUAACCAGAAAAUAAUUACCACCAAGAAUGGCCAUGAAUGUAGUGAAUUUGGAAACACGCUUCAUCUGAGUACAAACCUUAUUUCUUCAUUACAGAGACCCCAUAAACAUGACCCAUUUGGAAGUAAUAUGGCAGAUAAUAUAGACUCAUUUAGUAGUUUUUCAGGAAAGAAGCAUGAUAAUGGGUGUACAAAAUUAUUUUUCCAUACUGAAUAUGAAAAAACAAAUCCUGGGGUGAAACCAUAUGGAUAUAAAGAAUGUGGGAAAGCCCUCAGGCGAAAGAAAGGUCUUAGUCUACAUCAGAGAAUUAAAAAUGGAGAGAAGCCUUUUGAAUGUACUGCAUGUAGGAAAACCUUCAGCAAGAAGUCACACCUCAUUGUGCACUGGAGAACUCAUACAGGAGAGAAACCCUUUGGAUGUACUGAAUGUGGAAAAGCAUUUAGCCAGAAAUCUCAGCUCAUAAUACACCUGAGGACACAUACAGGAGAGAGACCGUUUGAGUGCCCUGAAUGUGGGAAAGCCUUCAGAGAGAAGUCAACUGUCAUCAUACACUACAGGACUCAUACAGGAGAGAAACCUUACGAAUGUAAUGAGUGUGGAAAAGCCUUCACUCAGAAGUCAAACCUCAUUGUCCAUCAGAAAACUCACACAGGAGAGAAAACCUAUGAAUGUACUAAAUGUGGGAAAUCUUUCAUACAGAAGCUCGAUCUAAUUAUACAUCAUAGUACUCAUACAGGAAAGAAACCCCAUGAAUGUAAUGAGUGUAAAAAAACUUUCAGCGAUAAGUCAACCCUCAUUAUACAUCAGAGAACUCACACAGGAGAGAAACCACAUAAAUGUAUUGAAUGUGGGAAGUCCUUCAAUGAGAAGUCAACUCUCAUUGUGCAUCAGAGAACUCAUACAGGAGAGAAACCCUAUGAAUGUGAUGUGUGUGGAAAAACCUUCACCCAAAAGUCAAACCUUGGUGUACAUCAGAGAACUCACUCAGGAGAGAAACCCUUUGAAUGUAAUGAAUGUGAGAAAGCAUUCUCUCAGAAAUCCUAUCUCAUGCUACAUCAGAGAGGUCAUACAGGAGAGAAGCCCUAUGAGUGCAAUGAGUGUGAAAAAGCAUUCUCCCAAAAAUCGUACCUCAUUAUACAUCAAAGAACUCAUACAGAAGAAAAACCCUAUAAAUGUAAUGAAUGCGGCAAAGCCUUCAGAGAAAAGUCAAAGCUCAUUAUACACCAGAGAAUUCAUACAGGAGAGAAACCCUAUGAAUGUCCUGUAUGUUGGAAAGCUUUCAGCCAAAAGUCACAGCUCAUAAUACAUCAGAGAACACACACAGGAGAGAAACCCUAUGCAUGCAAUGAGUGUGGCAAAGCCUUCAGAGAAAAAUCAACAUUCACUGUGCAUCAGAGGACUCAUACUGGAGAGAAACCCUAUAAGUGUACAGAAUGUGGAAAAGCCUUUACCCAAAAAUCAAACCUUAUUGUACAUCAGAGAACCCAUACAGGAAAGAAAGCCCAUGGGAGAGGCCACACCUGGAAGUCAAAGCACAUCACACGUUAGAGAGUAAAUCAACAGUGUCUGUUAUGUACACUGAAGGAAAGUUUUGUCAAUUUAAUUAAUAUUUUGAAACUAUGUUCUGACUUCUGAUUUAAAUAUGAGGGAGUAAAGCCAGUCUUUCCUCUUUUCAUCUCAAUCUUCACCCAAAAUCUACAGGGAGAAAAAGAAGCAGAAGUGUAAUCUCAGUAUCUGACAAAAUUGAGAGAAAGCUGAAACUCUAAUAAGAGGGCUGCUAGAGUCAGCAGGAAUCAAGUGCCAGUACAGGAGAUUUCAGAGAGAGAAUGCUCAAGGCUCCAGAUGUAAAACAGCACUGGUAAGGACUCUUAUCUGAGUUUCAUACAUCCUGAGGUACAAAACCGUGUAUCUUUUUCAACAACAGUAACAGAUUGCAUGGGCAGAUAGAAGGUAUGGUGUUUCCUAAACCCAUUUCGGAUCUGAGGAGAAACACGUGGGGGCCUUGACAAGGAAUCACUCAGACAAGCCAUAUUUGCAGAAAGUUGUCUGUACUGGCAGCAGGAGCAGUUGAGGGGGUGGGGGCUGGAAGAGGAGUGGGUACUUUUUCUUGUGAAGAACCCUAAAGUUGCUAGCUUGGGAGAAGUAAAGUCUGAAAGAACACACACAUGCAAAAAAACAAAUAAAACUCCCAGUUGUAAGAAAAACUCUGAUCUGUAACCUCUAGCAAAUAGUAAGUUCAGGAAAAAUUCUUCUCAUUCAAAGAUGAAGGAUUAAAAAGUAAAACCAGAAAUGCACAUGGCUUUUGAGCCGGCAUUUCUACUUCUAGGAAUGUAUAUACUCAAACAUGUACAAAAUGAUGAACACACAGAGGUAUUCAUUGAUACACUGUUUGCAAAAACAAAAGAUUGGAAGCUGUCCAAAUGAUAACUUCAGGGGUCUAUUUUCCAAAAUCAUGGUAUAUUCAUACAGCAGACUACUAGCAGAGACAUACAUACAUAUGUAACCAACCAACCAAAGAGAACUUGGACGGACACUCUUUAUGUAUUGAUACGGGAUAAUCUCCAAGAUAUGUUAAAAAAAAAAAAAAAGAUAUGUUACCAAGUCAGAAAAUCAAGAUGCAGGAUAAUGAGUAUAAUAUGCUACCGUUUGUAUAUAAAAAGGAAAAAAAUUGAUAAGUACGAAAUUGAUUGUAUAUGCAUAAACUCUUUCAAAAGAUACGCAAGAAGCUGGUAACUUUGAUUACCUCUGGGAAGAAGGGAAGUGGGUGGCUGGGGGGAUGGGACAGGGAGGGAGAUAACUGUAUAUCCAUUCAUAGCUUGAAAAUUAUUCUAUGAGGAUGUACUAUCUUUUCAAAAAAACAAAUAAAACUUUUUAAAAAGCGUGUUUUAUACUAUUAAUGUUAUAAUGAAGUCAGAUUUUAGAUACAGGAUUUAAUAACUUAAUAUAGAUAUGCUCAAUUUGGAAUUUAAUUUUUUAAAAAGAAUGAAUGGAAUAGCUGUGCAGUCAGAACAACAGAUAUCCAGUCAGUUCCAAAGGGACAUAGGCAUUACUUUCCUGAGGGUGCCAAAUGAAGUAAUUGCCAGGUCAGCUGGGAGCACAUUCUGUAAACCUAGAAUAAUUAAGAGUGGAAUACACUUCUAACUUACUAUGCACAGUGCCAUCUGUGAAAAUAUCUGUACUAAAGCCCGCAAUGUCUUUCCGUAUCUUAACACAGUGAUUUAAAUUAUAUAUAUACAUUUUUUUUACAAGAAAUGUAAAGCAUGAAUCUACUUGCUCAAGGUCACAUUACUGAUGGUAACACAUAACAUUUUCCAUGGUGAGCGACAGAUUGAGAGCGAUGGUCUGAAUGGACACUGCUGAGGACCAUGUAGCCUCAGCACAUUUGCUCCAGAAUGAGAGGUACUCCUGUGUGAAUUACCAUAUUUGUGGCACUCAUGCCUCUGCAGUUUUUCACUGAGGCUAUCUGGUGGAGCUGGACAGGCCAAGCUAUGCAAAACCUGGGGAUGGUCAGUGUUUAGAUAAAACAAAAUGGGUAAGCUAGAUCUGAGAUCCUGUCUGGGUCCUCUGGGCCUUUUUUUCUGAAUUAUCCUGCAAGAAAAUGAAGCAUUGGCUCACUUUUUAAUAGGCUAUGUAAUUCAGACAUGUCACAUUCAGUCCCUUUCCAGGGAGAAGGAUGCUUGGAGAAGAAAUUGGGUGCGACUGGCCAGCUCCUGGUGCAGUCUGCUGGGAGGAUGCCUAAAAAGAUUGGAAAUGAAGCUGUUUUGUCUUCCUGUUGAGAAGGAAUCUAACUGACUCAUCAAAGGUCAUCCUGCAGUGGGGUGGGGUUGGGAGGUUAAGUCUUUCCAUUUCAGGUGUAUCUUGGACUCCUUCUUCCUGCGAAAGAGAUGGCAACCUGAUGGGCAGCGUGUACAUGAACGAAGGUGAGUGAGGAACAGACCUGGAGGGGAAGGAAUGGGCAUGAACAGUAGGAUAUGAAUAAAUGGACUGGAAUUAGGGAGAGAGAGGAAGGUAGUGAAGGGUCAAGUGUGGGUGAAUGGAGUAAUGAGGGGCAGAGUAGGGGUGGAUAAGGGGAAAAGUUGAGAUAAAUGGAGAGAAUACCAGGUGGAGUGAAUUACUGGAGAAGAAACAGUGUACUUAAAUAUGAGUAAUGGGGAGAGUGGGAGUGAGUGGGGAUAAUGAGGGAUAGAGAGUGAGAGUUGGAAAUGAGGACAGGGUGUAAGUAAAUUGGAGGUCGUAGUGGUGAAUGGGGGCAGAGUGGGAGUAAAUGGUGAGUGAAGAGCAGUGCAGGUGAGUGGUAAAAUGUGGCACAGUGUUAGUGAAAACAUGAAGAGUUAUGGACAGUCAAUGUGGAGCCGACUGCUAUAAUCUGGGAAUGAUAGGAGGUCUGUGGGGUGAGUGAUGGGGUCUGGGGUGUCAGAGGCCAUAGGGUCUGGAGGCUUCAGUGAUGUGGGAUCUUGUGGUCUUGGCAGUGGGUAUUUGGGGACUGAAUGGAGGAAAUGGGAGGUGGUCACUGGGGCUUCUGUGGAAAGAGAAGCUGUGCUGAGGACCCCAUGGUGACCACAGGUAUAUGGGAUAGAGACAGCCUGCUUUUGGGACGCAGUGCUCAGCAAACCAGUUCUCUACGUUCUCAUUGUCAUUAUUUAUGUACAUUCGAGAAUUUGAGGGCAGCAGGAAUUGUUAAUUUUACCUAUUCUCAGUUUCCAGUAUUUGAAUUUAUUACAUGAGUCAUGUUUCCCACAAAACAGUGCAGUCCGUUAAGAAUUGGAAGCAACCAAGGUGCCCAUCAAUGGAUGAAUGGAUAAAUAAAUUAUGGUAUAGUCACACAAUGGAAUACUACCCAUCAAUAAAGAACAGUGAGGAAUCUGUGAAACAUUUCAUAACAUGGAGGAACCUGGAAGGCAUUAUUGCUGAAUGAAAUUAGUUGCGAAAGGACAAAUAUUGUAUAAGACAACUAUUAUAAGAACUUGAGAAAUAGUUUAAACUGAGAAGAAAACAUUCUUUUGUGGUUACGAGAGGAGGGAGGGAGGGAUGGUGGGAGGGGGCAUUCACUAAUUAGUAGAUAGGAACUACUUUAGGUGAAGGGAAAGACAGCACACAAUACAGGGGAGGUCAGCACAAUGGACUAAACCAAAAACAAGUUUCCUGAAUAAACUGAAUGCUUUGAAGGCCAGCGUAGCAGUGGCAGGGGCCUGGGGACCAUGGUUUCAGGGGACAUCUAAGUCAAUUGGCAUAAUCUAUUAAAACAUUCUGCAUCCCACUUUGAAGAGUGGUGUCUGGGGUCUUAAACGCUAGCAAGCAGCCAUCUAAGAUGCAUCAAUUGGUCCCAACCCACCUGGAUCAAAGGAGAAUGAAGAACACCAAGGACACAAGGCAAUUAUGAGCCCAAGAGACAGAAAGGGCCACAUGAACCAGAGAGUACAUCAUCCUGAGACCAGAAGAACUAGAUGGUGCCCAGCUACAACCGAUGACUGCCCUGACGGAACACAACAGGGAAUCCCUGAGGGAGCAGGAGAGCAGUGGGAUGCAGACCCCAAAUUCUCAUAAGACCAGACUUAAUGGUCUGACUGAGACUGGAAGUACCCCGGUGGCCAUGGCCCCCAGACCUUCUGUUGGCCCAGGACAGGAACCAUUCCCGAAGGCAACUCUUCAGACAUGGAUUGGACUGGACAAGGGGUUGGAGAGGGAAGCUGGUGAGGAGUGAGCUUCUUGGAUCAGGUGGACACUUGAGACUAUGUUGGUAUCUCCUGCCUGGAGGGGACAUGAGAGGGUUGAGGGGGUUAGAAGCUGGCGAAAUGGACACGAAAAGAGAGAGUGGGCUCUCAUUAGGGGGAGAAUAAUUGGGAGUGUGUAGCAAGGUGUAUAUGGGUUUGUGUGUGAGAGACUGACUUGAUUUGGAAACUUAAAGCACAAUAAAAAUUAUAAAAAUUAAAAAAUUAUGGUACAAUUUGGAAAAGGGGGAAAUGAAUUUGUGUUACAUAAGUGCUUAAAAAUGAAUGAAAGCAUCAGAUUUAAGUUUUAAAGGUGGGUAGUAUUUCUGACUGCAAGAUGGCCGAUUUGGGGCCAAGAACUCAGGAGAAUACUAGUUUUCUCACCUAUAAAGUGGGCCUUUAGUGUACCAAUAUGUUGUUCAUUUCUUUUCUACCUGCUUUAUUAUUUAGGGCAAAAGAGUUGAAGUCUGCAAGGAAGAAUUUUAGAAAGUUUGUCUUUUAAAUUUGUAAAAUAGCCACUCUGUCCUAUAGGGUAGCUAUGAGUCAGUUUGACAGCAAUGUGUUUUAAUAUACUAUUUGGAGUCCUAGUGGCACAGUGGUUAAGAGCUAUGGUGAGCUACGGCUGCUAAACAAAAGGUGGGCAGUUUGAAUCCACCAGCUGCUCCUUGGAAACUCUGUGAGGCAGUUCUACCCUGUCUUAUAAAGUCUCUAAGUUGGAAUCAACUUGACAGCAACUUUUUUUUUUAAUAUACUGUGUCUAAGGAGCCUUUUAAGGAGCCCUGGUGGCAUAGUGGUUAAGCUUUUGGCUAUUUCCUGAAAGGCAGAGAAGUGAGGGGAGAAAUGGUGAGAUUGCUUCUCUUUUCUCUGAGAAACCCUGGUGGCAUAGUGGUUAAGUGCUAUGGCUGCUAACCAAAGGGUUGGCAGUUCAAAUCUGCCAGGCACUCCUUGGAAACUCUUUGGGGCAGUUCUACUCUGUCCUAUAGGGUCGCUAUAAGUCGGAAUCAACUCGACGCACUGGGUUUGGUUUGGUUUUGGUUUACCUAGGUGUUGGUUUGUCUUUGUUCUCUGUGUUCAUAUCUCUUCUCUGCGUAUGACUUUGAAUCAAGUUCCCCAGCUCAGAUGUCUAAAGUGAACUUGAAAAACAGUAUAACUGAAGCUUGAGUUUAUAGUUUUAGUUUCCUGUUCCUGUCCAUAGUACCAUCACUUUCUCAGGCCCCCAUGCCCAACCUUGAACUGCACCUUACCUUUCUCCACCCCAGCCAUCAGUCAGUUGCUGGGUCCUAUUAACUUUGUCCUGCAUAUCUGCCCUCCACUCCAUCCUUACACUUACUACUUCUGCCUCUCUCACCUUAUAUACCCUACUUUACAGUGCUGCUUCAGGCUCCAGUCUCUCUUAUUUCCCACAAACUAUUUCAGGCCUUUAAAGGUAAACUUUGGUCCCAUCCCUCAACUUCUCAGAAACCUUUAAUAGUUCCACAAAGCCUGCUGAACAGAACUCAAUCCAAAUUCAGCCUAGUAAUCGAGAGACAGUCCCACUCCCUCAGAGUGCUCUGUUGACGUUUAUGACGUUGGUCUGGAUUAACACUUGCAGUAGUAAUCAAAAGGAGAGGGAACCGGUAUCUCCUGAGCCCUCACUAUGUUCCCAGCAAUGAACUAGGUAGCUAUGAGGUUUAUUUCAACAUAAACUUUAGCAUUUUUGUGUCUGUAGAUGGAAAAGGGGAACGCAAAGAGGAAGCUGUUAUAGUAAAAGCUCCUAUAAAACAAGGCUAUCAACUAACAUUUCUGUAUAUCUACAUGAUCACAAUUAGCAUUGUUCAAAACAAAGACCAUCAGGCAAUGACAGAUUCCAAAGUGCACCUGGUUUGGAAGAACGUACUUGAUCUUCACAGUCAUCUACGGUUCUAUAAUUUCAUUACACAGCUACAUAUGCGAGACAGUCACCAGUGUGAGGUGCAUUUUACAAUACUCUAUGCCACAACCACACCCUAUUAACUAGAAUAUCCCACUAACUGGAAAAUCGCACUUUCUGAUGCUGUUGGGUACUAGCCUACAUGUUGUGUACUGACACUGUGACAUAAGGGCACUGAGCUAAAUACAGUAAUUAAAAGAAGUAUGCACCAAGAAAAACAGACCCAUGAAAUUAAACACCCCAGAUUUAUAGAUGGGACACCUAGGGGGCUUAAUCCUGAAAACUGAAGCCAAUCCAGAGGUUGACCAUGCCUCACAAACACUGCAACUCAGCCUUGGAUCAGCUCAACCACUAAUUGGAUGAGAUAAUCUGCCUUUAUUUUUGCUUGCUUGCCAGAGGAUAGAGUGACCCUCUCCAUAGAGAGACAUCAACUUCCAUAUGUAAUUCCCAACACUCAAUUAAAAAUGACUAUGCACAUCAAGAACCUAGGUCAAACAAAAGAAGUGCAAUAGAUGUCAGCCCUCAAUUGACCAUAAUUUUUUACUUACUAGACACUGACUUUAAAGUAAUAGUAAAUUAGGAGGCGAGGCCAAGAUGGUGGAAUAGCGAGAUGCUUCCUGUGAUCCCUCUUACAUCAAAGACCAAAAAAAAAAAAAAGCGAAAUGAUUAUAUUUAUGACAAACUAGGAGUCCUGAACAUCAAAGGCAAAAUUAGAAAACGGACUGAGUGGCAGGGGGAGGUAGAGAUGGUUCAGAAGCAGAGAGGAGUUGCCGGACCUGAAUUGCCGGGAUCCCUCAGGCACUGCUCCUGGGAGCAGCUGCAGCAGGCUGUUAGUAGCAUUCGGCCACAGUUUCCUCAGGAAGAAGCAGCCAGCUGCACAGCCUACUCAAACCUCCGGAACCAGAGAAUAAUAGCACGCUCAGCAAAUGCUAAGUAUUUGCUUACAUUUUACUGCACCCCCUCCCCCCAGACUGGCUUCAGAGGCUGUUGAUUUCCCUGGCCUGAGAUACGGCCUGUUGAGCACCCGGAGCCAUCCUCCCGGCCUUGGAGUAGGAAUAAAUUCACAACUAGGGGAAGAGAUAACUUGCCACCUCCAGUAACUGGGGGAGCUAAGGACAGAAGCAACUCCUGUCCAUGCAUAAACUUCGAGUACUUUUCCCCCCUGCAUGGACCUGUGUGGGCCUAUUUCAAGAGCAUAGGCCGUUAUUGGCAGACUGCAACUGUUAUAGCUGCGUGGUGAAGAGGUGGGUGUUUGAUAUUUGACAUCACUUUGCCUAUUAAACAGGGCCCUCACCUACCCACAUCAGGGGCCUAAGGACUGGUGGCUCCACUCAGGUCACCCAGCUACCCGUGACAGUGGUCAAAGGACAACUGGUACCUCCCAGUCCUUAAAGCAAAAAGGUUAGGGUGCCCAUGGUCUGUCUGCAGAAUCCACCCACCUGUGCACUCUAGAGAACAGGGACACACUUCCCUCACAGACUUGGGGGACGGUUGUCAGCCCUCUGCCUUGUUCAGAGCAUGACCACCUGCUGCAACCAGAUACCGGUACCUACACCAAUCACCCCUGUCCCUCUAAGACUGUAGGACAGAGCCUUUACCACACACUUGAUGAUCAGCUACCUGGACACCUGAGCUGAAUUCAUACAAGAAAAGUGAAUAUAGACUCAGACUGAUAUGCCUGAUAACAGCUCUAGCCAUCUGGGGACAGGACGUCAGAACUCCAAAGGCGAAAAUAAGCUAGCUCACUCAAGCAACCCUGUUUGGGCAUAUCAAAACAAAACAAAGCAAUAAGCUAGGAUACAGUAAGCAAACAAAAAAUUAAUAACUUAUAGAUGGCUCAGAGACACCAGUCAAUAUCAAGUCGCGUAAAGAAACAAUGACUGCCUCAACAAGCUCUGAUAACAAAGAACCAAUGGAUCUUCUGGAUGAAGGUGACUUCCUGGAAUUACUGGAUGCAGAAUUCAAAAGAUUAAUAUACAGAACUCUUCAAGACAUCUGGAAUGAGAUUAAAAAGAUCAAGCAAUACGCAGAACAAACCAAGGAACACACAGAUAAAGUGGUUGAAGAAAUUAAAAAGGUUAUUCAAGAACAUAAUGAAAAAUUUAAUAAGCUGCAAGGAUCCAUAGACAGCAAUCAGAAAUUCAGAAGAUGAACAAUAAAAUUACAGAUUUAGACAACUCAAUAGAAAGAGGAGUACAAUUGAGCAAGUGGAAGGCAAAAUUGGUGAGCUUGAAGAUAAAGUACUUGGCACCAAUAUAUUUGAAGAAAAAUCAGAUAAAAGAAUUUUAAAAAGUGAAGCAACCUUAAGAAUCAUGUGGGACUCUAUCAAGAGAAAUAACCUGCGAGUGAUUGGAGUACCAGAACAGGAAGGGAUAACAAAAUACAGAGGGAAUUGUUGAAGAUUUGUUGGCAGAAAACUUCCCUGAUACUGUGAAAGAUGAGAAGCUAUCUAUCCAAGAUGCUCAUUGAACUCCACAUGAGGUAGAUUUUAAAAGAAAUUCACCAAGACAUAACCAAACUUGACAAAACCAAAGAUAGAGGAUUUAAAGAGCAGCUAGGAAUAAAACAAAAGUCACUAACAAAGGAGAGUCAAUAGGAAUAAGCUCGGACUACUCGGCAGAAACCAUGCAGGCAAGAAGGCAAUGGAAAGACUUAUACGAAGCAUUGAAGGAAAAAAAUUGCCAACCAGGAAUCAUGUUUCCAGCAACACUGUCUCUCAAAUAUGAAGGUGAAAUUAGGACAUUUCCAGAUAAACAGAAGGUUAGGGAAUUUGUAAAAACCAAACCAUAACUACAAGAAAUACUACAGGGAGUUUUUUGGUUAGAAAAUAAAUAUCAGGUAUCAACUCAAGACUAGAACACUGGGCAGAGCAAUCAGAGGUUAACCCAGACAGGGAAAUCACAAAAAUAAAUCAAGAUUUAAAAAACCACUCAAAACAGGGAAACAGCAAUAUUAUGUGAAAGAAGACAAUAUUAAAACAAUACAGAGGGACUAAGAAAUGAGUCAUAGAUCUUUCAUAUGGAGAAGACAAAGCAAUAUAAUGAAAAAGUCAGGUUUAAUCUAAGAAAAAGAGGGGUAAUACUAAGGUAACCACAAAAGAGACUAACUGUCCUACUCAUCAAAAUAAAAUACAAGAAAAAAAGUAGAGACUCAGCAGAUAGGAAAUCAACAAUGAAUAAAAGACAAUAUAUAAAGAUAAAUCAUUCAGCACAAAAAAAUUAAGUGGGAAAAAAACUGUCAACAACACAAAAACAGAUAUCAAAAUGACAGCAAUAAACUCAUCUAUAAUUACACUGAAUGUAAAUGGACUAAAUGCACCAAUAAAGAGACAGAGUGUGGCAGAAUGGAUAAAAAAGCACAAUCUGUCUAUAUGCUGCCUACAAGAGACACCUUAGAGACACAAACAAACUAAAAGGAUGGAAAAAUACCAAGCAAACAACACCCAAAAAAGAGCAGGAGUAGCAGGAUUAAUUUCCAACAAAAUAGAUUUCAAAGUUAAAUCCACCACAAAGGACAAGGAGGGACACUAUAAAAUGAUUAAAGGGACAAUAUACCAGGAGGAUAUAACCAUAUUAAGUAUUUAUGCACCCAAUGGCAGAGCUUCAAGAUACACAAAACAAACUCUUACCACCACUGAAAAGUGAGAUCGCUCCACAGAAUACUAGGAGACUUCACACCACUUUUGGUGAAAAACAGGACAUCCAGAAAGAAGCUCAAUAAAGACACCGGAGAUCUAAAUGCAACAAUCAACCAACUUGACCUCAUAUACAGAACACUUCACUGAACAGCAGCCAAGUAUACUUUCUUUUCUAGUGGACAAGGAACAUUCUGUAGAAGAGACCACAUAUUAGGUUAUAAAGCGAGCCUUAACAGAAUCCAAUACACUGAAAUAUUACAAAACGUCCUCUCUGACCAUAAGGCCAUAAAAGUAGAAAUCAGCAACAGGAAAAGUAGGGAAAAGAAAUCAAACACUUGGAAACUGAAGAAUACCCUGCUCAAAAACGACUGGGUUAUAGAAGACAUUAAGGAUGGAAUAAAGAAAUUCAUAGAAUCCAAUGAGAGUGAAAACACUUCUUAUCAGAACCUUUGGGACACAGCAAAAGCAGUGUUCAGAGUUCAAUGUAUUUCAAUAAAUGCACACAUACAAAAAGAAGAAAGGGCCAAAAUCAAAGAAUUACCCCUGCAACAUGAACAAAUAGAAAGCAACAAAAUAAACCCUCCGGCACCAGAAGAAAGCAAAUAAUAAAAAGUAGAGCAGAACUGAAUGAAAUAGAAAACGGAAAAACA